CGAUUCUGCUCUUCUUUUCCUUUCUUCCCGCUGCAGCCACUCGAAAGAAAAAGAAAGAGAACCCAGCCAUGCCUUUGAGAAACCGGUGAGAUAAGCUUGGUUUUCUCCUUCCUUUCUUGCUCUAGAACACACCUAGAACCCAGAAAUCUUUCCCCCCUGCUGGAAAAUCCGGAUCUGCCCUGCUUUGCUCUGUCCUUCCGCCGGCUGCUCCUGCUUUGUGGGGGUGAUUUGCUCCGGUUUUCGGUAAGAACAGCCCCUAAUUUCCUUUGUUCUUGCUUGAAUUGCCCUGGGUUUACUUUAAUUGCUCUUGUUUCUCCAAUUUUUGGGUAAACCCGUGAGCUUUCCCUGCAGCUUGCCGCCGGCCUCUUCCCCAACUGCAGCUCCGGUUUUAGCUGGAGAAUUCUGGUAUGUGGCAGCCCUCCAAGCCCCCGAAUUUGUCCAUUUAUUUGCUUUCAAUUGCUGCCCCUAUUGUGUGUCCGAAUUUUGCUAGAAAAAUGGGGAAGAAUUUGAUAGCUUUAGGACCAUGAUUUAGCUUAAUUGAAGUGGGAUUUAUGUGAUUGAGUGUUAAUUGAUUGCUGUGAUUUUUGGAGUGAAAUCCCGUGAGAUUAGCUAGUGUUUUGGCCAAUUUUGGGAAGUGGAGUUACUGUUCACGUCGGAGUCACUGUUCACCGGUUACUGUUCACCGGUUACUGUUCACACCCCGAGGGCCAACAUUUAGUGGGAAUUUAAAUGAUUAGUUUGUGAUAUGAGAACGAAUUUGGAGAUGUCCGAUCAUGUGGAAAGUGAUAGAAAUAGCAUUGUGAUUAGGAAUGAUCCUAAUGAUGAUUUCAGCUUGAAUUUGUUAUAGUCCGAUAUUAAUUCUGAGGUGUUUUGAUUAGGUUCCUGAUCGUUCUGUUAGUUAGUGCGUGAAUUGAGUGCUCGGUUUUAUGCGAGUGAGGAAAUGAAACCGAGGACGGGGAAACCACGAGAAGUGACGAGUUAGAAGGCUAGCCAUAUUGUAAUUGGAUAUAGAUUUUCAAAAUAAAUCAUGAUCUUGUAAGCUAGAGUGUAUUUGGAGAUUUAUGAUCAGAGAAAUCUUAUAAUUUGAUCUUCAGAUUUUGAUGGUAUUAGAUUGUAGUGUGAUAAGUUCCGAGCCUUGUGCAUU